AAAAAAUUUAAAUUAUUUACUAUACAUUCAUAUUAUAUGAAUAGUCCAAAAAGCCAGGACACUUGGAACUCUGCCAUGAUUAGAUUCUAUGAAGGCCGAAUGUCUCUGUGAGGCUCCGUCAUUCAGCUUUGUCAGAGAAAAGCUUCCUGCUUGGUGUUUUCUUCCAUACAUUGCUAACAAGCUAACCAUCCGUAGCAUCAUGAAUCUGUUGUUCAGCAGUCUUUUCCUGGUGGCUGGGUUGUUCCUGAGCAGCUCGGCUCUGUCAGUUGAAGAAUGCAGACCUCUGAUCACACCUCUUCCAAGAUUUGAACCGAGUUACGGAAGGUGGAUCUUUAUCUUGGGUUACAUUACUAGUGAACCACACAGAGUCUUGUUCAAGACAACCAAGAGCCAGUGGGUUGACUUCAUUCAGACGUCACCUGACCACAAGGAAUUCGUUCAGGAUAUCGGGAUCAGGCAUCCUACAUAUUGCAAGUUUGGAUCACACCCUGUAACUAUUCAUUCCAACACUGCAGCAACUGACAAGUCCAACUUCACCUGCACAUACCAUUCCCUGCCAACCUGUGAGGGAUGUCUGCUCUACACCGUGGACAGCAGAACCAACAAUCAAUUAAUCCACAUUAUGAAUAUCGACGAACCUAAGACCAUUGCAGAGGUCAAAAGCUAUCGGGCUUUUUACCUGAUGGCCAAAGAGUCGACUAUCAAGCACCACGAGCUGGCACAUGCCAUGAAGCAGGCCAAGUGUCUUGGUUUCACUGGAGAACCAGACUUCAUCUACGACCCCAAAGACACUCUCUGUGACAAAGACGAACAGUAAGCUGAAGAAAAGUGAAGGCGAUAUUCAGCUGAAGUACUAACCAUCCCU